AUGACCCAGGAUUGUGUCAUUCUAGAUAAUGGUGCUUAUACUAUUAAAGUAGGAUCAUCGAAAGAGUCGCAACCAAAACUCAUCCCUAACUGUAUUACCAAAUCAAAACAAGAACGGAAAAGAGUUUAUGUAGGUGACGAAAUUAGCGAAUGUCUAGACAAAAGUAGUUUGUUCUUCGUUUUGCCAUUUGAGAAAGGUUAUCUUGUUAAUUGGGAUGUCGAACAGCAACUAUGGGAGAAAGCGUUGAAUCCCUAUGCGAAGGAUGCUUCUGAAUACAGAUUUGCGAUGAGCGAUCCGAAUUACCUGAUUCCAGCAAUCAGAGACCAAUCAGACGAAAUAGUCUUUGAUGUUUUUGGUUUUGCGUCUGUUUACAAAAACUCCGCCGCUGGUUUCAUUGCAAAUUCUCCAGAUAAUCUCAAUAAACGCUGUGUGCUAGUUAUAGACUGUGGCUUCUCUUUCACCACAAUAGCACCGUUUGUUGAUGGGAGACCUAUUCGUGCGGGUAUUAUGCGUGUAGACAUAGGAGGCAAAGCUCUCACUAAUCAGUUGAAAGAGUGGAUAUCGUAUCGAGAACUCAAUGUUCUCGAUGAAACUUAUGUAAUCAACGAAUGCAAGGAAGACUCAUGCUUUGUCUCUAAUAACUUUUGUCGAGAUAUGGAGAAAUCCAAACAUAGAGAUUUUCGUAAUACAAUUCGCAAAGAAUAUGUCCUCCCUGAUUAUGCUACUCACCAACGUGGGUACUUGAGGGAUCCCACAGCUCAAAAAGAUAACUCACAAGGAUUAAGUGUCAAUCAUGAAAGGUUUUGCUUGCCAGAAGCACUCUUCAGACCAACCGACCUAGGUCUCGAUCAAAUGGGUAUAGCUGAAGCGGCUGCGGAAUCUUUGAGCAGAGUUCCUGAAAAUCUGCGCCCCGCAUUAGCGCAGAACGUUGCACUGAUAGGAGGAUCCAUGAAGUUCCCAGGAAUGAGAGAACGUUUUCUAACUGAUUUCUCUGGUUUCGUCGAUAGUACUUGGGCGCCUGAGCUGAGCAAGGUCGCAGAUCCAAUCACGGAAGCUUGGAGCUGUGCUGUUGAUGCUAUCUCGACGGGUUUUUGCGAUUCAAACUUUCUUACGAAAAGCCAAUGGGAUGAAUAUGGAGAUUCUUUCCACAAAAAGUUCAUGAAGUUUCAAUAA